AAAAUAACUAAAUAAGAAAAGAGUGACAAGGGUACGGUAUUUUAGGUCUCUAACCCUAACCCUCAAUUGGAACUUUUCGACAUUAUUUCUCUCUCUAAGAUUCACACAUUUCAGCUUCUCAUCUACUCAAUUAACAAAUUAGCAAGCGCAAUUUCGUAAUCGCAUCAUCAAAUUACUUUCCCCCAAAAUUUCAGGAGCAAAUACGAAGAAUUGGAGUUAAAGGAUUGCGCGCAAAUUUAACUUUUUCGACGAGAUCGCAAACUUUUCAUCUUCUUCCAAAAUUUCCAAGGAUACACUUUUGUAUAUCAUGAGGAAAUUUAAAAGAUACAACUUUCUUUUUGACAGUUAAUCCGAACUUAAAAAAGCAUUUUGAGAGUCAUAAUGCUUGAGAUGGAAAUUUAUUACUUUUUGCAACAUGUGGGGCAGGUGACAGGAAAUAAUUAUUUGGCACUUGUUUUGGUCAUCUUGUUAAGUUUGCUGCUUAAAUUUGUUCUGAGCUGUGCAUGGUCGCUGAUGGUGUAAUGGCUGGUUCUGUGAUCCGGGGUAGUGUCAUGUCGUCACCUGCUGUGCCACCAUUACACCAAUAUCUGUCUCUGGACCAUAUUUCAUUGGGCACUCCGAAGUAUACACGUUUAGGAGAAGCGAGGAGUGCUCUGGGUUUGUCUCUAGGAAGUGCAUCUGAAGAUAUUCCAUUCAGAGCUUCUAGUUUUAGACCUUCCCAACCUGUGUCCACUGAAGAGCUGAAGCAAAUCCGAGAGAGUGUUUCGAAUUCCUCUUUAAAGGCUAGGGAAAGGUCGAAAAUGUUUCGUGAUUCAAUAAAUAAAUUGGAAAAAUAUAGGGAAGCCACAGGCUUUAAGAAGAGGCAACGUAUUGAUCUCUUGUCGAAUGACAAGGCCGGUGGAGCAAGUUUAUUGAAGAUGGCAGGUCAACCUCCUCGUAAUCUUCUUGACCAAUCGGCUCAAAGAUUAGAGGACAAGGCCAAGUGCGGUGGGAUGAACAAGCGUUUUCGCACAACUGCUGGAGAGCUUAGGGUUGACAAUAAAUCUGGUUCUCUGUCGAAGGAUCAGAUUAUUAAUGAGAAGGACACAAACAUCACUAAGGCUGUAAGUGGGGCUUCUGUUCCCGAAGAAAGGACACUGAGACUCUCCGCUGUGGGGGAUGGUUGGGAUAAAAACAUGAAGCGGAAACGCUCUGUUGGGGCAAUGGCAAGUAGAUCUGGAGAUGGUGACUUCAAAAGAUCAAUGCAUUCAGAGCUCAGUUCUGAUUCCAAAUCGGCUUCUUGCGACGCCUCUUCUAUAAGAUUGAGUGGCAGAUCAAAUGCUAAGCAAGGGACCUCAACUGGAAGUCCUGUAAAAGGAAAGAUAUCUAGGGGUCCACGGAGUGGUCCUGUCAUGGUGGUGAACUCUUCUUCUAAUGUUCAAGCCUCCUCAGAUGCAUGUGAAGGUUGGGAACAGUCUACAGGUACCAAUAAGGUGAUAUCACUUGAUUUGAUGCAGAAUCAUCCUCGGGCUGCUAAUUCGUCUUAUAUGCUUGGACAAUGGGGUGGCCAGCGACAACAGAAAAGUUCACGUAGCAGAAGAACAAAUGUGGUUUCACCUGUCUCAAAUCAUGAAGAAGGUCAAAUUCCUUCACUAAAAUAUUCUCCACCUGCUAUUGGUGCCAAGAGCUGUUUCAAUGGUGAAUCGGGAUGUUUGGAAUCUGUUGACAUUCAUAACAAUAAUGUAAAAAGUAAAAUUAAGGUUGAGAAUAUGCCAUCUCCUGGUCUUUUGUCAGAAGGUGAAGAAACAAAAGGCACGGACCUCAGAUUGGAAGAGAAAGGACCAAUUUCUAGUGAUGUCGUGCUAAAUGGGAAGGGUAAAAUGCGUGCUUUUAUCUUUCCUACCAAGAGGAAUAAAAAUGUUUUGAAUGAAAAUGUUGGUGAUGGCGUGCGGAGGCAAGGAAGGACAGUGAGGGGCUUACCCUUUUCAAAGCCGGGGCUCUCACAAUGUGAAGCUAAGUUGGAGAAUGUGUCAACAACAAAACGUAUUCAAAGUGCAAGGCCUGGUCCAGAUAAGAUCAAAAGUAAAUCGGGACGUCCACCUUCAAGAAAGGUGUCAGAUGGGAGGACUUUCACUCGUAAUUGCGAAUCUGAUGAUGAUCAUGAAGAAUUGCUGGCUGCCGCUGCUGCUGCUCGCAAGGCCAGCUACAUUUCUUGUUCUGGUCGGUUCUGGAAGAAAAUGGAACCAUUUUUUGGUUCUGUUAGCUCACAAGAUGUAAGCUAUAUGAAACAAGAGUUGAGCCUUGCAGAGGAUCUAGAGGACAGCUUAUCAGUGAUUCAGGGUGCUCAAUAUAACAUUGUGGGUGUGUUCAUGCACAAAGAAAAGGCUGAUGUUUCCCCUAGAAAGAGAAGUUGCGAUUCCAAUCAAGUAGUAGAUAAGGAUGAAGUAUUAUCAAAUGGAUUGACUGAGGGAAAGAGGUCGGAAAAGUUUUCUUCCUUGUACCAAAGAGUUCUGUCUGCUUUGAUUGAAGAAGAUGAAAGUGAGGGAAUUUACAAUGGGAAUGAAGGAGUGAGUAUGUCAUUUCAGUGUACUAGUGAUGACUCUCACUGUGGCUCAUGUAAUUAUGUUGAUGCUGAUAUUAGAGACAGAGACAGACUUGACUCUGAGGCUGAGUCAAUGGUUGAUUUUCAGAUUCCAAAACGCUGCUCUGGAGACCGAUUUUCUUGUAAUAGGAGUGUCACAUCAAACACAACGAGGAAUGCAAGUAUGUCUGAUUCUUUGUAUAGCAGUGGAAGGUGGUUGGGAGAUGAUGGUCUCUCUCACUCAGAUGCAGAGUUUGUUAGUGGAGUUUGGCAGAAUGAUAUGUGUGGGCCACAACCUGGAGAUCUGAUAGCAUCUGGAACUUUUCUUGAUUCCCAAUAUCCGCUGAUGUGUGUUGAUGAUAGACUAAUGUUGGAGCUGCAGAGUGUUGGAUUAUAUCUAGACGCAAUGCCUGAUCUGGCCGAUGGAGAAGAAGUGAUUGACAGAGAUAUCAUGGAGCUUAAAGAGGGGCUCUGUGAUCAGAUUGGGAAAAAGAAGGGCAACUUGGUCAAGAUUGAUAAAGCUAUUAAAGAUGAUAAAGAUAUGGAGAAACAGUGCAUUGAGCAGGUUGCCAUGGAACAGCUGAUACAGAUGGCUUACAAAAGGCGAAUGGCUUGUCGAAGAAAUAAUGCUUCCAAAACUGUAAUGCGCAAGGUGUCCAAGCAAGUUGCAAUGGGUUUCAUAGAACGAACUCUUGUGAGGUGUAAAAAUUUCGAACUCACUGGAAGGAGCUGCUUUAGCGAACCUGCUCUGCAAAAUGUUCUGUUUGCAUCAUCUCAAGUCAAUGAAGCAGGUGCUGUCACUGCAACUGAUGGUGAUAUUUCCCAUGGAGCUCCCAAAUGUCGUAUGGAUGCUACAAAAACUGAUUUCACCUCGUUUAGUGUGCUGGAUUCUUGCAUCGAUAAUCUCGGAAGAGGUUAUAUUAAUUCUCCACAAGCUGUCAAUCGUUCUUCUGAACAUGGUUUCAAAGAAUUCGAAUCAUUAUCACACAAGGGAAAGAAGAGGGAACUACUCCUUGAUGAUGUUGGUGGUAGCUCCAUCAUUACUGGGGGAGCUAAAGGAAAGAGAAGUGGGGGAGACCGAGAUCAAGGUAGAGGUGCGCUGAUGGCUAGUGCUGCGUGCGAGACUCAGUCUGUCUUAAGCUUCAGCAGUGAGCACAAACUUAAAACCAAGCCUAAGAAUUCAACCGUGGCUGUGCAACCAACAUCAAGUUCAGUCCAAUGGCAAAGCUCUGAACACAACAAGAGGGUCCAGGAAAUCGGACCUUCAACUGGGAAUGUUCCGGAAGAAGCUUGUGAGGUAGCAGAUGAGCAUAUUGAUUUUGAUGCCAUCCAACUUGGUAUUUCUAAUGAUACCAAUGGACCUGAGGAUUUCAGCGAUUGGUUUAACGGAAUGCAAGAUUGUUACUCAGCUGGUUUAGAAAUCCCCAUGGACGACCUUAAUUCGGUGCUUUAGAUUGUGAUUGUAUAUAUGUGUACAUUUAUUUUGGCUAACUAGACUAACAUUGCUUAGCAUAUUGAAUUAUUUGCUCACUUGGGCUCUAAUGAAAAGGCUGUAAAUAAUUGUGAUUAAUUGAUUUAAUUGCGUAUUUGUUAAGAUCUAAGGUUAGUUUACUGA